GAGGGUUACGGUGUUAUGAGUCAUGCAGUCAUACGGUGUGGUCUAGCUUGUGUGGUUGUGGUCGUGUGCGAAGUUGCGAACGCGAAAUAUCUUCCGAGGAUACCCAAUUCACCCACGACCUUACAAGGCGGCAUGUGUGGCGGAAGCAAGCAUCAGUCCCGAUAAGAUCCAUGCAGGAAGCACAUCAGCUGCUCAAGAAGCAGGAAGUGGGCAUCGAUUUUCUGCCCGGGACUGCACGCUCGCAGCUGCCCAUCGAUUCCGAAACCAGAAUGAUGCGCGAGAAACGACCCGUCCCGAGUUGUUCCGCCGCAGCCCUGCAUCCAGCUUAGAGCCGGCGACGUGCUAUAAGUCGAGCCAAGCAGGCUCAAUCCUCGCUGUGCGAGUCUCCGAUUCGGUCGCAGCCGACGAUGGAGGAGAAACGCGUGGCGGACUAUUUUGUGGUGGCGGGACUGCCGGAGAAUCCGCGCUUCCUGGAGGAGGACUUCUCGGCGGUGCAGUCUCCGCGGGCGGCCGACACCCUGCUUCCGGUGACUGACCUGGCAGUGAUAAUCCGCAGCCAGGGAGAGACGCCGCCCGCUGGAUACGAGUGCCUGGAGACGACGCCACUCGGGUUUCCCGCAGACUUGAACCACGGCAGCUUGCGGAGUCCGAGCAUUUAUCUGUGCUACCGGAGGGGCAGGGACAAGCCACCUCUCGUCGACAUUGGGGUGCUGUAUGAAAACAAGCAGCGUAUCAUGGCUGACAGCGAGGUGCUCAAGAAGACACCGUACGGGCGUCCAGCCAACGUCAACAACAGCGGGUCACGGACGUUCCUCACCUACCGGAGAGCCGCCGAGAACGCCCCCUGUAACCAGCUGGUGGUCACUGACCUCUGUCUCAUCCUCGCCAACAAGGGAGAGACGCCUCCACACGCUUUCUGCAAGAUAGACCGUAACCUCAACAAGGGCAUGGUGGGGUCGGAUGUGUUCCUCUGCUACAAGAAGUCUAUGAACAGGCCAGACCUAAUCUGCUAUGAGCCAGGCAUCCUGGACCGCUUCCCCCGGGAGAACUAUGCAAGCUUUGCGCUGCCGGAGCAGAUAGCGCUGUUCUGCCUGCCCAUGGGAGCGACGGUGGAACUGUGGCCCCGGAAGGCACUCCAGCCCCGCCCGACCUUCUCCACCUUCGUGCUCACCCUGGACUCCGCCGAGAAGUUGUACGGAGCGUCGAUCACCUUCUACGAGCGCAUCCCCGAGGAGCUGCUGACCCCGAGCCAGCGGGAGAAACUGACCGGUGAGGACGGCCCGCUGUCGGAGGACCAGGUGGUCUGUGCCAACAAGUCCAUCUGCAUCCUGUCCCACUGGCCCUUCUUUCGCACCUUUGAGAAGUUCCUGCGCUUCCUCUACCGGCUCUCCUUCAACAAGACCUCCGUGGUGUCCGUCGAGAGGUACAUCUCUCACUUCAUGCUGGACAUCCCAUUCCCCUCUGUUCAGCGGCCAAGAAUAUGGAUUCAGCUGGAAGAUGAGCAUGUCUCGCUGUCGCAACUUGAAGACACGCCGCUGCCAUUGAGUGGAGCAUCCUUCAAGGAGCUGCUGAAAACAUUGGGGCCGGACAAUUGCCUCUGUGUGCUGUUGCUGGCGCUGACCGAGCAAAAGAUGUUGUUCCACUCCUUGAGGCCCGACGUACUGACAAGCGUUGCCGAAGCAGUUGUGGCACUGAUGUUUCCAUUCCACUGGCAAUGUCCGUAUAUCCCGCUCUGUCCCUUGGGGCUCUCGGAUGUGCUCAGUGCUCCGGUGCCUUUCAUUGUUGGUGUGGACUCGAGGUACUUUGACAUGUACGACCCACCCCAGGAAGUGGCAUGUGUGGAUCUUGACACCAACACCAUCUUCAUAAAUGAAGAAAAGAGCUUUCUGAACCUCAAGCUUCUACCAAAGAAGGCCGUACGAACAUUACGGAACAACUUGCAAACUCUGUACGAAAAAGUGUGUGUGUACGAGAACAAUGUUGCCAACGUCGCAGCUGCGCAGAAGGCAAUUCCCGGCGACAUCGGGCCUUUUGACCGCGAGAUUGUCCUUCAUAAGAAAGAGAGACGCCUGGAGCUGGAGAUCCAGGAGGCUUUCUUGCGCUUCAUGGCCGGCAUCUUGAAGGAUUUCCGGGCAUACCUCAAGCCCAUCACCACCGCCCCCAAACCGGGUGUCACCGACCCCAACUCGCUGUUUGACCUCCAGGGCUUCCUGAAGAGCCGGGACAAGAACUACCACCGCUUCUACUCGAUGAUGAUGCACACGCAGAUGUUCACGCGCUUCAUCGAGGAGCGCUCCUUCGUCUCGGACAAGGAUGUGAGCCUGGCGUUCUUCGACGAGUGCUCCGAGCGCGUCGACGCCAGCGGGGAGUCCUCGGAGCACCUGCUCCUCGAGGUGGCGGGAUCUGCGCAUAGCCACGAACACACGGUGUUCAUCUCGGCGCCCGAGUCGACACAGCCGCCGUCCGAGAAACAGCAGGCAGCCGCAGUGGCUUCGGCCGCAUCUGUGGCUUUUGGCGGCUUCGGCUCCCUGAAUCCGGCUCUGUACCACCGCCAGCCCGCAACAUCUUUGUUGAGCGUGCCCAGCGAAGGCGCACCGACCGCCAGUCCCAUUGCCAGGCGAACCAAACAGGAAGUGAAGUCUGCGCUCAGGGCUGCAAGAAUGCAGGCUGAAAAUCCAGUCCAGUGGGCAAAGUGUCUGGCAGGCACCACCUACAGUGUGUGGUUCCUGCACCUGCCAGCGUACUCCAAGACGUUUCCUUCCAAGGUGAAGUCGCUGCGACUGGCCGACGAAGUUCUUCAUCGCAUGCAGUUCCUCAGGCUCCCAGCCCCAGAUGAGGUUUGCUACCGGAUUCUGAUGCUGUUGUGUGGCCAGUACAGCCAGCCGGCACUGGCUGUCAAGGUGCUGUUUGACAUGAAGAAGCAUGGCAUCCAACCUAAUGCCAUCACCUACGGUUACUACAACAAGGCGGUGCUGGAGUGUGACUGGCCGACGGGGGAGAGCGCGCGCUGGGCCAAGCUGCGCAACGUGGUCCAGGCGGUGUCCCAGUUCAAGCAGGGCCUGGUGCGGCGCCAGCGGACCAGUGUGGCCAGCAGUCGCACCAGCCUGGAAGACUCCUCAGCCAGGCCCUCCCUGGACCACUCGGGGCUUCUGCCUGCGGACCUGCUGCCGGACCUUCUCACCGGAAGGACGGCGGCCGAUGACCACUCCAGCUCCGGGGGCCAAUCGGACGCUGGGUACGGCUCGACCAAUCAGGAGGAGCAUGCCAAGUCCUCCUCGCAGUCCAGCGAAUCGUAUGCAGUCGAGGGCUCUCAGGAAUUCGCCGGACCUCUUUUCCAAGCUAAAGAACCGACAGCUCCGCACCAGAGACAGCGAAGAAGCGGCGUGGUGCAGAGUCUUCGGUUCGACGAGCUGGACUUCUCAGAGUCGGACCGCUUCCGGAACCGAGUGAAUAGCGUGGUCCGCAGCUCAGCCGGAGUCUUCGGAAGUGGAUCAUCGUUCUCGGACACGCUCGUUCCGUCAGCGGGCGUACUCAUAACGAGCGAGGCGAUGCGGCAGGCCGACGAGUUCCUCCGGCGUAACGGCGGCACCGGCGUCGGAGCGCUGCGCUGCCUGCACAUGCGCCGGCGCCACCGUAGCGCCAACGACCACGCAGCCGGCUGCACCAUCAACAACGGCACCAGCUGUCGUGGUGCAACGGAAGCCAGGGAGGGCUCCGCCCGGUUGUUUGGGAGGUCGUUGAACCCGGUCGCGGAUGGCUUGGGCCCCACGCGCGAGCGUAGAGAGAGCCUGACGCGGGCCCCGGAGGAGUCUAGGCUGACGCCGCUGGUGGAGGCUGCCUCGCCAUGCGAGAGAUCGGCAGCAGAUGCCUCGCUUUCGGGCAGCCACGAGAAUGACCUGCUUGGAUCUUCACUCAAGCAGCGGGAAGCAGUCGACAAACCCGAACCUUCGUUGCUAGACGACGACCUCGGCUCCGAGACCGAAGCCUCACCUCAAACGACGCCACAGUUUCCCAACUCGCCGCCCGACACACCCCUCGGAUCGGAAACGUCAUCUUUGCACCCAACGCCACCACGGUCGAAGCAGUCGACCCCGCCGAGGCGAUCCACGCCUCCGUCGCGCUCCUCGGCGUCGCAGCACCGCACCUCCAGCGGGUCACCGGCGAACCUGGUGCGGACCAUCGAGCAGUCGCGCGAGUUCCUCAGCUCGACGCUGAGCCCGCUGCGCGAUGCCUGGCAGCAGAUCGACUUCUCGGGAGCGGCGGCGUCAUUCUCGUCGUCGCUGGGACUUAAAGCGCGGAAGUUCUCACUGGGAUCGAAGAUGACCUCAACGGUGACGCGGAGCUCGACGUUCCACGGUGGAAGGGAGAAGGCCAGCUCAGCGCGGUCGUCUCCGGCCCGCUCCACAUCGCAGAUGGAGAGCCUCGCCGAGCAGUUGAAGUUUGCCUUUGCUGACUACACAUCGGGUGCGGACGAUAGUCCGGAAAAUACGGUGAAGCCUGCGCUGGCGCCUGCGGUGUCUCCCCCGGCAGCCCCGCCCUCCCCGCUUCUCGAGGGGGCCCCUCGGGGGUUGUCAAGGUCGUCAACCCUGCCGUACUCCCCCCGGCGCCGUUACACCCCUUCCCCGGUGGCAGCGGCCCCGCUGUCCAAAGAGGCCCCUGCCAGCGUGACGCCGACCUUGGGCCAGUCUCCGCAGUCAUCGACCUUUGCCCUGCCUCGGCUGUCGGCCAAGCACUCGGAGUACCUGGUGGACUCUUUGCGGCUGGCCGCCACCUCCAUGGCCUCCAAGCUGACCGAGAUCAAGCAGUCCCUCUCCACGUCCAACACGCCCACCAGGGGGUCGUCGUAUUCGCUGCCGCGGGGCUUUGACCAGCUGCUGCUCGAAGACGACGACCAGGGCAGCAACAUGUCCCUGGAGUCCAGUCGUCGCCAAAGUAUGGACCUCCUCCUGGGCAGAGGGGAGGACCUUCUGGGAGACGACCUGGACUCUCUCCUCACCGGUGACUCCGUGCCUCUCCACCCAGUGGGUAGCGCACCGGCCUUUGUGUCUCCGGCCACCCGCAACUUCGACAGCCUCGAGGCGGUGUCUGAACGGCCCACCUCUGCAACCAAGCUUGCUCUGGAGGUGUGGCUGACCUCAUGUUCCCAGUGCAACACGUGCAAGUCUCUCCUCUACGACGAAGAGAUCAUGGACGGCUGGUCUGCCGACGAUUCCAACCUCAACACCAAGUGUUAUUUCUGCAACGACACCUUGGUGCCCCUGCUCACUGUUAGCAUCAAGGACUACCGGCUGGAAGAAGAGAGCUGUGGGAGCGCGUUGCUCAGCCCGGCCCAGUCCUCGGACAGCCUGCAGAGCGCCCCAACGCUCGUGCGACCGACGCAGCUGGAACGUGCCUCGGCGCAUCGGGAAUCCCCAGAGGUGGCGGAAGAGGCCAGCCCCUGCACGCCCUCCGGCCAGCAGGAGGCACUGCGGAGGAACUCGAGGCCUGGGAGCGUGGAUAGCGGCAACGAGACCUUCCUGCUCUUCGAGGAGAGUCCCGACGCGGCGGACGUCGCGAGACCCCCAGAGUCCUGCACGGAAACGCCGCUGGGCAGCCCCAAACGUGCAGACAAUGGGUUCCUGUCCGUCUCGGGCACGGACUCGAUCCCCCGGACGCUGUCGGAGCCUAUGGACAUCCCCUUCGCCACGGCAUCUUCGUCUGCCACCGAAGACCUCAUUUCCCUGGAUGGGCCGCCUAGCUCGGAGCUGGCUGCAACUUCGUCGGGCUCCAAUGGCGGUCCGUCGGAAAUGGCGGACGAGCGGUCGCGGAGGGUCACGGUAGGGGACCGGCCACUGGGACUGCAGUCGCCGCAACUGCUGGGGGUUGGAGGGGACCUCCUGGCGCCAGGCCCGCGGGGGGGCGGCACUCCCAUCUUCAAGCUGGGGGCAGGGAGCCUUCCGCGUUCGCGGGCCAGUCUGGCGGUUCCAGCAGGGCCCUCAGUGACCCUGGAUCCUCUGACGGUUCCGUACCUGAGCCCACUCGUGCUUCGCAAGGAAGUGGAGAAUGUGUUGGAGCACGAGGGGGAUGAGUGCCUACUCAGCCCCGGCUUCGUAGACCAUCACCCGAUCCUCUACUGGAACCUGAUGUGGUAUUUCAAGCGGCUGAAUCUGCCCAGCCACUUGCCUGAACUCAGUCUGCAAGCGUCCUCUCUGACGAGGGGCCGUGAAAUUCCAGAGCAGUGGAAGUCUCCAGAAGGCAAGGUGGUGAGCAUCAGCUGUUGCUGGGACAAUCCGAGGCUGCACGUGAACAUGGUGCCUUUCAUGUACACCCAGAUCCACAAAAACAGUGUAUCGCCGCUGCUGCUCUCUCUGGCAAUGGAGGAUAAUGAGAAACCCAUGAAAAGUCUGCGUGAUCGAGUGCUCUGGAGCGUCCAACAGAACAACGUCCGGGAGGCGGUGGUGUCGCUCCUGGCAGAGCGACAAAAGACUCGAAGCGUCCAGCGUAGGCCGAGCCUGUACAGGGACGUGCUGUUCCUUGCGCUCGCCACACUGGGCAAAGAUGCCAUCAACCAGCAAUCAUUCUACUUGGACUACCUGAAAGCGUAUGAAGAACUGGCCGCCAAGCGCGUAUCCCUGUUCAAGUACGACAAGCACCCUUCAGUGUGUGCGAUGCUGUGUCGCAAAUACUUCAGGGAUCUGGAGCUGUGGCCUGUCUCGUGAUUGCGUCGCAAAGUACAGUCACAGUAGCCCUGCGCCAUCCCUUGAUUGAGAGGUUCGAGGUUUCUCUGAAGCUCUCCCAGGGAUCUCUGCUAGAUAUCUUUUUUGUUGUGGUUCCAAGGCAACGUUUGUGUGGCCUCGCCAUUUUUCGCGUCGUGAUUUGUAGCAAAGCGGUUGUUGGCCAAGAAAUGUCUGCCCCAAAUCGGAGUGUGACGAAAUGGUCUGCCACAAAAGGUAUGAAACGGUCUGCCACCAGAGCUCUUGCCACGAAACGGUAAAAGUUGAAAUGUUGGCCCGUAAAAUACUAGUUGGCUAAGCACCAAUAUGUCUGGCCGCAUAAUGGUUGACAACGGAAAAGUCCGAGGUUUGUUGCAGGACGGUCGGAAAUCGUUAUUGCUCAGCGAGUCUCGGGCCGUGGUUUGUUUUUGCUAGCCCAACAGUUGGUGUUGCUUGAUCUGUUACACGGCGUUGUUAGUUUCUCCCCCCUGCAAUUUUGUUUUUUUAAUCUUGCAGUGUAAGUAAUCAAAUAAUGGCUGGCAAAUCGUUGAACUGGGCUUUCGAAGCUUGGUUUUGUUGGUCCUUCAUUUUUUUUUAUAGUUGACGUACCGGCUCGGCAAAGAGGAAAAGGAACGCUAUUUACGAGUUCGCCGAGUCUCUGCUCGUUUUUCGGCAGGGCCGUUAUUGGUACGUUAUUGUAGGGGCAUGCACUUGCAUGUGCUUUCUGUUGCAUGCCUAGGCUCGUUUUUCUGGUUUUUUUUUCUAGCCUUUGUAAAUAUUUAGGAGAUUCCUGUACAAUAUAGUUCAGCUUUUAUUUUUUUUUUUUCUGCCCAGUUUUCUUUUAAUGUUGCACCCUGCGCGGUGAGCCGGCGGCUUAUACGGCCGUCCCUUUUUUAACAGUUCGAUGUCGACGGCAUGUUAUAUUAUCACUAACCUAGUUGCUGUUUAUUCACCGCGUUUCGUUCUCCCACCGUCGCGCCGUUUUAUCGCCGAACGUCGACAUACAAAAACGGUACAACACGGCCGGGUGCGACCAGAAGCUAGCUCCUGGUUGGUCGUGGGCCGCUCUCCUCAGCAAAUCAAAACAACUCGUAAAUUGGUGCAGCUUAGAUGCGAUGUGUCCAAAAGAUCAGGUGUGGUUUCCUGGCUACUGAAACCACCUACCUAGGUGCUCCUUCACAAACUUCGGCGACCGUGCUGUGUUAAACUCGUUGCCAAGUUUACCUGAAAAGUUGCGUUGGCUCGGUGGACAUUCUCGAUGCAUGUCUUUUCAACCUGAAGCCAUUGUUCCUGUUAAACUGGCCCGGAGGCAUCGUGUAACCGUGCCGGUGUAGCGCCGGAGACUCGUGCACUGGUGUGUGUGUGUGUGUGUCCUGUGUGCUUUACACUUUUCUUUACACCUGUAACGUUUUUUUUUAAACAUUGCCCCUUGUUGCAACUGUAUUAUAUGACACCACUACCACCUUCUCUUGUAUAUUAAUACAUUUCCCCGGGAUAUCGGGCUUCGAAAAUAAACAACAAUGGGGGUUCUUGGGAAUUGCAUUUCUGCAGGGUUGGGUCAUGGGUUCUUUUGUCUCAGACUGUAGUCCGAAGUGUGAUAGUGUAAUGAUAAAGUUUUCUCCCGUUUUUUUUUUUCUUGUCUACAAAUGUACAUAUGUUGGCAUUUUAUGUCCAUGUUAUCUGUGAAUGCAAAUAGGAAUAAGGAAAUUAAAAUGGUUUGCAGUAAUUA